AUGAGGAUCUUGGUUGACAUGGAUGACACUCUUUGCGACUGGAUGGGCGCCUCUACAGCUCGCAUAACAGAACUGGGGUAUCCCGUUAGUAGGGACCCGCAUGCAUACCCCGUUUCAAUAGUCUUGUCGGAGGAUUAUGGGCUUCGCGCCACAACUCUUUUAUACCGCGCAAUGCGAGAACCAGGAUUCUUCAUAAAUCUGCAGCCACAUAAAGAGGCUGUGGAAAUGGUACGUUGUUUGGAUUCGCUUGGCUUUGACGUGUGCAUUUGCACGAUGCCCCUCCCCUAUGACAAGGAGGACUGGUGCAAGGAGGAAAAGCGGGCAUGGGUGGCUAACCACCUGGGCUAUAAGUUUGUCGAUAAGAUGAUCUUUUCGUCGCGGAAGUACGAGGUUGCGGGGCUCUAUUUGAUUGAUGACUCGCCUGUGACAGUGCAUUAUGCUGAAACGCACAAUCCUCAAUGGAAGCCUGUCCUUGUCAACCACUUCUAUAACAAGGAUCUCUUUUGCGAGCGGCGCGUUUCUCUAGAGACCAUGCAGAGGGAUGUGCUUGAAAUACUGAAUAGAGACGGUAUUCUGCCGUCAGAUUCCGCUACUCUUACCCCAUCAAUCAGCGAAUUGCAGUUCACUCUUGCGCAAGAGACAAUUGCUUAA